GGAGCUGAGCUUGUGUCUGAGGGGAGCAGGGUGAUGGUGUCAGCGAGGACCUAUGCAGACUUCACCCCACAGGCCACCUUCGAGAUUAAGAAAUGUGAUUUGCAUAAGCUGGAGGAGGGGCCUCCGGAGAAGGCGGUGCUAACGAGGGAGGAGGGGCUUCAGUACUACAGAACCAUGCAGAUGAUAAGGAGGAUGGAGCUGAAAGCCGAUCAGCUCUACAAACAGAAGAUCGUCCGCGGCUUCUGUCACCUAUACGACGGACAGGAAGCAUGUGCGAUGGGAAUCGAGGCUGGAAUUAACCGCACAGAUCACCUGAUCACGGCGUACCGCGCCCAUGGAUACACAUUCACCAGGGGCGGCACCGUGCGCGAGAUCAUGGCCGAGCUCACGGGUCGCCGUGGUGGUAUCGCUAAAGGAAAGGGCGGUUCUAUGCACAUGUAUACCAAGAAUUUCUAUGGAGGAAAUGGAAUUGUGGGAGCGCAGGUUCCGCUGGGUGCCGGAGUGGCACUGGCCUGUAAAUACCAGGGCAACAACGAGCUUUGUGUCUGUCUCUAUGGCGACGGAGCAGCCAAUCAGGGUCAGAUAUUUGAGACAUAUAACAUGGCGUCUCUGUGGAAGUUGCCGUGCAUUUUUAUCUGUGAGAAUAAUAAAUACGGCAUGGGGACAUCUGUGGAGCGAGCAGCAGCGAGUACUGACUACUACAAACGAGGAGACUUCAUCCCCGGACUGAGGGUGGACGGUAUGGACGUGCUGUGUGUUCGAGAGGCCACAAAAUUUGCUGCAGAACACUGCAGAUCUGGAAAGGGUCCGAUUCUGAUGGAGCUCCAGACCUACCGUUACCAUGGACACAGCAUGAGUGACCCCGGCGUCAGUUACCGUACACGUGAGGAGAUUCAGGAGGUGCGCAGUAAGAGUGACCCCAUCUCCAUGCUGAAGGACCGCAUGAUCAACAACAACAUGGCCAGUGUGGAGGAGCUCAAGGAGAUCGAUGUAGAAGUGAGGAAGGAGAUUGAGGACGCGACCCAGUUCGCCAUCACAGACCCCGAGCCUCCGCUGGACGAUUUGUGUAAUCACAUCUUCUCCAACAGUCCUCCCAUUGAAGUGCGCGGCACUAACCCCUGGGCCAAGCUCAAAUCCAUCAGCUAAACACACUCAACACUACCAAACACACACACACACACACGGUUUAAACACUUUGGCCUUAUUUAAAAUAAAGGAAAAAAUAUCACUAGUACUGGUUACAGCUGGAGUGUGAACUCGUGAUGGGCUGAAAUUAUUAUUAUUAUUAUUAUUAUUAUUAUUAUUAUUAUUAUUGGGGUAAAAUACAUGUGAUGUUGACUAAAGACGUAUUUAUUAAAUGUUCUGUUUCAGAAAGAUUCUCUUUUUGUUGCUUUCCUCCCUUCAGUCAGUAUUACAUCUACAAACAGAAGCUUGAAAAAGAUGUUAAUAAAUUCAAUAUUGUAUGUUAAUUAGUUAAUUAGUGUGAGUGUGACUCUGUGUGUGUGGGGGGGGAUGGGGGGUGAGAUGGUUGUGUGAUUUAGAAUUUAUGAGUUUUAAGUUCAUUGCCAACUGAUUUGUGGCUAAUGAUGAAGCGAAUGUACAGCCGAGUGAGAACGCACAGGAUUGUGGGAAAUGAGUCAAAUGAGUCAAUCUUGUUAGCUCUGUAUGUGUGUGUGUGUAUAUAUAUGUGUGUGUGUGUGUGUGUGUGUGUUUUCUGUUUCAUGUAUAAGUGAUAGGAAUGUUUUACGCACCAGCUGUAUAAUCUCACUCGCUCUGUUCCACUGGACACUCAUUAAAGUGAAAUGGGGUCAAAGGUCA